UAAGUUCAUCACAAGACACAUUUAGUCAGUGAAGAGUUCAAACAUUCCAGGCUUGUGUUUAAACAGACAAACUAUGACGGAAAUGAAGAAAAACUCAGAGAUCUCGAAGAAAAUGAAUACACAGUUGAAUAAGUUAAAUGAUGAUGUCAAUGCAAUACGAUUCAUUUUGAAAGCUGGAAACAUAAUGGCUAGUGAUGAUGAUGUAGUUCAUGGACUUGAGGAUCUUCUUCCAGAAGACCACUUUAAUAUCAGCUGCUUGGAAGCAAGACUCUGGAGAGCAGCAGAGGACAUUGAUAAACUGCAUCAGCUGGACAUCACCGUGAUGGACAAGUAUUCAAUUAGAAAAAUUGAAGUAUUACAGACAUUACUCGAAGAGGGCAAUUUAAGUUUAAAUUCCCGACUCAAUAGAGCACUGAAGGCCAUGCAAAAAUUAGAAAACCUUGACAACCAGAUAAAAGAUGUACAGAAAGAGGUAAUGAAACUGAUGAAAGAUACACAGACAGCGAGAGAAAAGGAGGAGAUGGAAAUGACCAAAAUACCACACAUGGACAAACAAAAGGAGAUGGAAAUAAAUAGAAAUUUGGAUAAGUUAAUUGAUAACAUCUUUGAAGUGAGAUUCAUUUUAAAAGAUCAAAACAACAUGUCAGCUAAAAAUUUGGAACAAGGCCUUUCAGAUGACAAUUUUCAAAUGGAAUAUAUAAAUACCAGACUAUGGAGAGCAGUGGAUGACAUAUACAAGAUGCAGCAGCUGGACUUCAACUUGACAUAUAUGGACAAAUACAAAGUGAGAAAAAUUGAACUUCUUCAUGAACUGCUGGAAGAGGCCAAUGUAAGUUUAAAACUUAGAAUUGAUAGAGCAAUGGCGAUCAUAGACACAAUGCAGCAGCUGGAAAGCCAGAUAGACAACUUAGGAAAAGAAGUGAUGGAAGUCAAGAAAGAGUUACAGAUAGAAAAACCAAAGGAGGUGAAAGAAAACCAAAAAAACUCAGAGACUGCAAAACAGAAGGAGGUGAAGAAAAUCAACGAGGCAGAAAUGAAAGCGAAUCAAGACAAGAAAAAAGAAUCUAGCAAAUUCCUAAAGCAUGUGACAAUAGGAAUUGGUACAGCUUUAGGGGCAGGUUUACUAAUUGCGGGCGGAAUUUUAAUCUGGAAAGCGUUUGGAAAAUAAACCUAAAUGGAGCCUCCAUCUUGAUUAUAUUUAGAGAAAAGGCAAUUUAAACCCUGCCUUAACCCCACACCAGUUUGACAGUCUUGUUUACAACCAACCAGGCGUCCCGCACAAGGUAGGGGGGGUCCAGGUACUCCCAGAGGCCCGGCUGGGCCCUUGGAACCGUACCCUGGAGCCCCACACAUGAGAUCCAGGACCUAUGUACUUUGAGUUUGGUCUUGGGGUACGCCCUGUUCCUCAGGUGCCAGGGAGCUGGUACCAGGCAGGGCGGGUCCUGCCUUUCUCCCACAAACCCGUGUUCCUCGGCAACGCCUCUCCUCCAGACUUUAGUAACAGGGUCAGAAUUCACUGGAGGACAUGAGUUAACACAUUGUGGGUCUGUCAGUCCAACACCUCUGGAUAACUUUACACAUACAACUUCCAACUGCACCAUGACACAGGAAGGACUUCAUUCACACUUUAGCUGUCAGUGAUGAGUUUGUCCUCCUGCCACUGAUGCAUACCCACUUGUAGAUUUUCUAAGGGGUGGUGUGGAAAUUGUAGCGAUGGAAGCAAUAAA